AUGACUUCUAUGGGAUCCCUGCCCUUUCGUCGGCCUUCACGCCAAAGCUCCAGGCAGGCCUCAAUAGACAAGCGCGAUGAAAUUCAGGUGCAUGUUGACCACUAUAUUGGCAUCGAUGUCGGCACCGGAAGUGCACGCGCAUGUAUCAUCGAUAACAAGGGGGACAUUGUUGGGCUAGCUUCUGAAAACAUUGGGCUUUGGCAGCCUCAACAGGGAUACUAUGAACAAUCUACUAACGAUAUCUGGAGAUGUAUAUGCGUGGCCGUCCAGCGUGCCAUCAGUCAGCAUAACAUUGACCCCGAGACUGUGAGAGGCAUUGGCGUCGAUGCGACCUGUUCACUGUCCGUAUUCUCUAAUGUGACUGACGAGCCCAUCUCGGUCACCGGCCCUAACUUUGACUCCGACCGCAAUGUGAUUCUGUGGCUGGAUCAUCGUCCCGUGAGAGAGACCGAGAAAAUUAAUGCCACGGACCACAACCUCCUCCGCUAUGUGGGUGGCAAAAUGUCCAUCGAGAUGGAGAUUCCCAAGGUUUUAUGGCUCAAGAACAACAUGCCCAAAGAACUCUUUGACCAGUGCAAAUUCUACGACCUGGCUGAUGCUUUAACUCAUAUCGCCACAGGAACCGAGAAAAGAAGCUUCUGCAGUGUGGUUUGCAAGCAAGGCUAUGUUCCUGUCGGUGUAGACGGAAGUGUAAAAGGAUGGCAAGAUGACUUCUUGAGUGAAAUCGGAUUGGGAGAUCUAGUUGAGGAUAACUUCAAGCGGAUGGGCGGCGUUGACGAGGUGAAUGGCGAAUUUCUUAGUGCUGGCGAGCUAGUAGGCACCCUUUGUGACAAGGCAGCCUCGGAUUUGGGGCUACCGGCAGGAAUCGCGAUUGGCAGCGGUGUCAUUGACGCUUAUGCAGGCUGGGUUGGUACUGUCGGCGCCAAAGUAGACCUAGAGUCGCGACAAUUGAGCUCCGAAGUCGCGAAGAAUGAUAAGACACAGGCUUUCUCCCGCCUUGCUGCCGUCGCUGGAACUUCAACAUGUCACCUUGUCAUGUCGCCUGACCCGGUCUUCGUUCCUGGUGUAUGGGGACCAUACCGUGAUACCAUUCAGCCAGGAUAUUGGAUGGCUGAAGGCGGUCAAUCUGCGACUGGCGAGCUGCUUAAACACGUUAUCGAAACCCAUCCAGCAUUCAAUCAGGCGGCCUCCAUAGCUGAGUCGUACAAUGCUAAUAUAUACGAAUUUCUAAACGAACAUCUCAAGGAGAUGACCCACGAGCAGAAGGCCCCUAGUCUUUCAUAUUUAGGUCGACAUCUGUUUUUUUAUGGAGAUUUAUGGGGAAACCGUUCCCCUAUCGCGGAUGCUGCCAUGGCGGGAUCCAUCGUCGGUUUGACAAGCGAUAAAUCCGUGGACGGUCUUGCAGUGCUCUACUACGCCACUCUCGAAUUUAUAGCACUGCAGACUAGACAAAUUGUGGAAACAAUGAACAAAGCAGGUCACACCAUUACUUCGAUCUUCAUGUCUGGAUCCCAGUGUCAGAACAAUAUAUUGAUUGGUCUAAUAGCAUCGGCGUGCGGCAUGCCUGUACUAAUCCCACGUUAUAUACAUGCCGCCGUGUGUCAUGGAGCAGCGAUGCUAGGUGCCAAAGCUGCAAGUGCUGAUCUCGAGGGCAAAACUGAGGAUCUCUGGGAGAUUAUGGAUCGUAUGAGCAAGCCGGGAAGGAAAGUCGUUCCAACGAGUGAUGAAAAGGAAAAGGCAUUACUCGACGCUAAAUAUAAGGUCUUCCUCGAACAGUGCUACAAGCAGCAGGAAUACCGGGCUCUCGUUGAUCAUACACUAAGCUUGUGGGAAACCUAA